CGGCGGCCUAUAAAAUCGGCUUGCAGUUUCCUUACCACACAAAAUUGGAUAUUCCCUUCCUUUUCUUCUCAACGAUAACUUUAACCAUACAGCAUCACUGAAGCUGGCCCAUCUACAUUCCUUCAUCAAAUCAAUAUCAUGAGAAUACUCGCUAUAGUUGUAAUCGCUAUUACAACCCUUAUGACUACGACGCUAGCACUCCCAGUGCUUGACAGCGACUUGGCGGCAAGCCCUUUUAUUCACGAGCACGGGCGCUCCACCUCAAAACUAAGAAAAACCCACAAACAGAAGAAGUUAUAGACAAUGCAUGACGCUGAGCGUUUUGAAACGACCACCACAACAUAUAUAUAAAAUGUACAUGAAUUUUAGCUUAAUUCAAAUCCUGUGUUGGAGUGGAUAGCUAUGAGAAAAAACAAAAUAAAAAACUUCCAUCAGCAUAAUCUU